UCGGCGGUUGGCCGCGGUGGGUCAUUCGUCUGGCCCGACCGAUCGAGAGCGAGCUGGGGUGCAGGGGGUUCUUUCCCCUCCAGCUGCCAUGUCGCGACAGAGUACCCUUUUCAGCUUCUUCCCUAAGAGCCCGGCGCUGUGCAGCAACAACAAGGCCGCCGCCAUUGCUGCGGAUGGAAGCGGCGCCGGGGCCGGAGCGGGGGCCGCGGGAGCCGCGGGGGCCGGAGCCUCUGGGGCCUCCUCGGCGCGCGGGGACGCGGCCCGCAGCGAAGAAGCCCACCCAAGGCCCGACCCCGCUGCGGGCCCAGGCCCCGGCCCCCACGGCCUCAGCCCCCACGGCCCCAGCCCCCGCUCUAGCUCCGGGGUCGCCCCGCUGCCCCGAGAGAUAAAACUCAAUGGAGGGCCGCGCCGGCGAGCGACGGGGACGCCAGCUCCGGCCCCGGCCCCAGCUCCGGCGGCUCCUCCCGCCAGCUCUUGUGACUUCUCUCCUGGUGAUUUGGUUUGGGCCAAGAUGGAAGGUUACCCCUGGUGGCCUUGCCUUGUGUAUAACCACCCCACUGAAGGAACAUUCAUCAGAGAAAGGGGGAAAACUUUCCGUGUCCAUGUACAAUUUUUUGAUGACAAUCCAGUGAGGGGCUGGGUUAACAAAAGGCUUGUAAAGCCAUAUACAGGUUCAAAAUGUAAGGAAGCCCAGAAAGGAGGUCCUUUUUAUACUGCAAAGCCUGAAAUACUCAGAGCAAUGCAACUGGCAGAUGAUGCCAUAAGUAUAGAGAAGAAUAAGCGGCUUGAAUUAGCAGUAUGUGAUGAGCCUUCAGAUCCAGACGAGGAGGAAAUGGAGGUGGCUGUGGCUUCUGCAUCAGAUAAUAGUGGAGAGGAUCUAGAGAGUGAAGAGGAAGUGAGACCCAGGAGGCAGGUGGCUAAGCGCAGCACAGCCCGGAACAAAAAGCGCAGAGUUGUUUCGGACUCGGAGAGCGAUGCUGGUGGCUCUGAUGUGGACUUUAAACCAGAUACCAAGGAGGAAGGGAGCAGUGAUGAAGCCAGCAGCGGAAUGGGGGAAAGUGACAGUGACAUGGACAGUCCCGUCAAAGCCGCCCCAAAACGGAAGAGAGGGCCUGCUGUCAGCAGCUCCCUCAAGAGGAAAAGCUUGGGAGCUUGUGCUCCUAAUGUACCCAAACGAGUCGUAGGAGUUUCCUCAGAAACUAAGAACACAUUGAGUGCUUUCUCUGCUCCACAGAACUUUGAGUCCCAAGCCCAAGUUAGUGGAGGUGGUGACGGGAGCUGUGGCUCCACUCAGUGGUACCAUGAAACACUAGAAUGGUUAAAGGAGGGAAAGAGGAAAGAUGCAUGCAGGAGGCGGCCAGAUCAUCCUGAUUAUGACCCAAACACUGUCCACAUUCCUGAGGAUUUCCUUAACACCUGUACUCCAGGAAUGAGAAGGUGGUGGCAAAUCAAGUCUCAGAACUUUGACCUAGUAAUCUUCUAUAAAGUGGGGAAGUUCUAUGAGCUCUACCACAUGGAUGCAAUCAUUGGGGUCAGUGAGCUGGGGCUAGUGUUUAUGAAAGGCAAUUGGGCCCAUUCAGGUUUCCCAGAAAUUGCAUUUGGUAGAUACUCAGAUUCCUUAGUUCAGAAGGGUUACAAAGUUGCUCGAGUUGAGCAGACAGAGACCCCUGAAAUGAUGGAAGCUCGCUGCCGAAAGUUGGCUCAUAUAUCCAGAUUUGACAGGGUGGUGCGGAGAGAGAUAUGCAGAAUUAUUACCAAGGGUACACAGACUUACAGUGUGCUGGAUGGUGAACCUUCUGAAAGCAACAAUAAAUAUCUGUUAUGUGUCAAAGAAAAAGAGGAGGAAGCUUCUGGUCACAUGCGUUUGUAUGGUGUUUGCUUUAUUGACACCUCUGUGGGCAAGUUUUAUAUGGGUCAGUUUUCAGAUGACCGUCAUUGCUCCCGUUUUAGGACUCUGGUGGCACAUUACACUCCUGCACAAAUACUGUUUGAGAAAGGAAAUCUUUCUGCUGAAACAAGGAAGGUCCUGAAGGGUUGUUUAUCUUCUUCCAUUCAGGAAAGUCUUAUACCAGGCUCCCAGUUUUGGGAUGCAGCUAAAACGUUGAGAACACUUAUUGAAGAAGGAUACUUUAAAGAAAAACUAAAUGUGGCUGAUGGGACGGUAUUACCCUCUGUGCUUAAAAGCAUGACAUCAGAAUCUGACACCAUUGGCUUAACACCUAAUGAGAAGAGUGAGCUGUCAUUGUCUGCUUUGGGUGGUUGUGUCUUCUACCUCAAAAAAUGCCUUAUAGAUUAUGAGCUUUUGUCUAUGGCCAACUUUGAAGAAUACAUUCCUGUUGAUGCUGAUAUGGUGAAAGCUGUGAAGCCUGGUGCUAUCUUUGCUAAGAGAGAUUGUCGAAUGGUGCUAGAUGCUGUGACCCUGAGUAACCUGGAGAUUCUCCAGAAUGCAGUAAAUGGCUCCACUGAAGGGACACUGUUAGAGAGGAUUGAUACUUGCUGCACUCCCUUUGGGAAGCGGCUCUUAAAACAGUGGCUCUGUGCUCCACUCUGUAACCCAUCCUCCAUUAAUGACCGUUUAGAUGCAAUGGAAGAUCUCAUGGCUGUGCCUGACAAAAUUAGUGAAGUAGUUGACCUUCUGAAGAAACUUCCAGACCUUGAGAGGCUGUUAAACAAGAUUCAUAGUGUUGGCUCUCCACUGAAGAGUCAGAAGCACCCAGACAGCAGAGCUAUAAUGUAUGAAGAAACCACUUACAGCAAAAAAAAGAUUGUUGAUUUCUUGUCUGCUUUGGAAGGAUUCAAAGUGAUGUGCAAAAUUAUUGGGAUUAUGGAAGAAGUGGUAGAUAAUUUCAAGUCUAAAAUCCUUAAGCAAGUAAUUACACUCCGGACCCAAAAUUCAGGGGGUCGUUUCCCUGAAUUGACCGCAGAGUUGAACCGAUGGGAUACAGCCUUUGACCAUGAAAAAGCUCGAAAGACUGGAAUAAUUACUCCCAAGACGGGAUUCGACUCUGAUUAUGACCAAGCGUUGGUUGAUAUCAAGGACAAUGAGCAGAGCCUCUUAGACUAUUUAGAGAAACAGCGCAAACGGAUUGGCUGCAGGUCCAUAGUCUAUUGGGGUGUUGGCAAAAAUCGCUACCAAUUGGAAAUUCCAGAAAGUUUCACAUUGCGUGAUUUGCCAGGGGAAUAUGAACUAAAGUCCACCAAGAAGGGCUGUAAACGGUACUGGACAAAAGACAUUGAGAAGAAGCUUGCUGAUCUGAUGAAUGCUGAAGAGCGGAGAGAUGUAUCACUGAAGGACUGUAUGAGGAGGCUUUUCUUUAAUUUUGAUAAAAAUUAUAGGGACUGGCAGACUGCUGUGGAGUGCAUUGCUGUGUUUGAUGUCUUACUGUGCUUGGCUAACUAUAGUCGAGGUGGUAAUGGUCAUAUGUGUCGUCCAAUAAUCCUAGUACCAGAUGAGGAUACUCAACCCUUCUUAAAGCUAAAAGGAUCUCGACAUCCAUGCAUUACAAAUAAUUUUUUUGGUGAUGACUUUAUUCCUAAUGACAUUAUGAUAGGCUGUAAGGAAGAAGAUUCAGAAGAUAGUACCUGGGAUGCUUAUUGUGUGCUGGUUACUGGACCAAACAUGGGGGGCAAAUCAACCCUCAUGAGACAGGCUGGUCUUUUGGUUAUAAUGGCUCAGAUGGGCUGUUAUGUUCCUGCUGAAAUUUGUAGUUUCACACCAGUUGAUAGAGUGUUCACUAGAUUAGGUGCUUCAGACAGAAUAAUGUCAGGUGAAAGUACCUUUUUUGUUGAAAUGAAUGAGACUGCCAGCAUACUACAGCAUGCAACAGAACAUUCCUUGGUGCUCAUGGAUGAACUAGGUAGAGGCACUGCGACUUUUGAUGGUACAGCUAUAGCAAAUGCAGUUGUUAAAGAACUUGCCGAGACCAUAAAGUGUCGUACUUUAUUUUCUACACACUACCAUUCAUUAGUAGAGGAUUACUCCCAAAAUGUUGCUGUGUGCCUAGGACACAUGGCAUGCAUGGUUGAAAAUGAAUGUGAAGACCCAAGCCAGGAAACCAUUACCUUCCUCUAUAAAUUUACUAAAGGUGCUUGUCCUAAAAGCUAUGGAUUCAAUGCAGCAAGGCUUGCCUGUCUUCCUGAAGAGAUUAUUCAGAAAGGCCAUAGGAAAGCAAAAGAAUUUGAGAAGAUGACCCAGUCAUUGAGACUAUUUCGGGAAGUUUGCCUGGCUCUUGAAAAUUCAGCUGCAGAUGUCCAAGCUGUUCGCAAGUUGUUCACUUUGAUCAAGGAAAUAUAAGCUUCAGCAAAUUUCUGACAAAGGUGGUAAAAUUCAGACAACGUUAUGAUCUAAUAAACUUUAUUUUUUAAAAAUGA